AUGCUUUCGCCCGCGAUACAUCAACGGCAUGAUUCAUUCUUCUCAUGCUCAUCGCUAAAUACCCCACGGCAUUCGAUCUCGCAGCACCAGGCUGAGCCUCAGCCUUACGCAAACCUACACCAAAAUCUACACAGCCCCAAUAUCUACUCACAGCAUCCGGUCAAUAACGGAAUGUCCCGCUCUGCAUCUCAAUACUCUUCCACAUCUUCCGGUCAGCAGCCACACCCUCACAGCCUACAGCGAUCGUCACGCGGAUCAUUUGGUAGCACUUUGGUCACAAAUGGGUCGGAAAUGUCUCGCUCCAUCUCGAGCACGUCAGCGGGCCAGCGUACGACACUCCAGCCUUACCCGUUACCAUCUCACUCUCAGACCGGCCACUUCCACACUAGGCGGUCAUCUGAGCUUUCGCCAAAUAUGAAUUACGAUCAGUUUUCAACCACUGCGAUAAGUCCUUUUGACUACACAAUCAACGUCACCCCUGGCGAAGGUGUGCUUGGAGAUGAGGACGAAGAUAGAGCUUUUGGUCAGAUUGGUUACGACAACGAGUAA